UCAGCAACUCUUCCUUUAAAAGUUGGGGAUAAGCACGUAACCAUCAACGACGGACGACCCCUAGCCUCCUCUCUAUCUGCUCCACUCUAAUCUUCUCUUCUUCCGUCUUCUAUGAUAACCAAUUUGCGAACCUAGUUCCGUCUCUUCUUCAAACUUUGUUUCCUUCUGCCUUGGUUUAUUCUCUCAUCUAAUGCACAACUGAAUUGUUUCUUCAUGGAAAGAUUGAUGCAAUUAACUGCAAAUCUGUCAAAUGGGUCGGAGGACGAGCUUGUGAGGGAGCUUCUUGAUAAUGAAUCUCCUUUCCUUGUCUUACCUGAAACCAUUGAACCCAAACCAUGUCUUUCACCAGAGCCCUUAAUUAACCGGCUCAUCUCGGCUGCCUACUCCGGACCUACUAUUGAAGACAUCGAGAGUGCACUGUCCACAACAAAUCGGAACAAUGAAUCUGACGAUCACCGUAGCAUGUCACAAGCGAGAAUCUCGAUAUUGGAGAAGGGGUUGAGUAAGAUUGAUAAUAAAUAUACUAUGAAAGUUAAGUCCACCGGGAAUGGAUUGGCCGAUGACGGUUACAAAUGGAGGAAGUAUGGGCAGAAAUCCAUUAAGAACAACCCAAAUCCAAGGAGUUAUUACAGAUGCACGAACCCAAGGUGCAGUGCAAAGAAGCAGGUGGAGAGAUCAAGCUCAGAUCCAGAGACACUUGUGAUAACUUAUGAAGGACUCCACCUCCAUUUUGCCUACUCACAUUUCCUUCCCUCCCCGUCUUACCAGGCCCACCUGGCUGUGAAAAAGCCCAAAAAGGACAUCCUACAAGUACCAGACCAACCAACCCAACAUGCCCUACAAGUCCAAACUCAUGAAUGCUCACCGACUCCAGGACCUACACCACCAAGCCCAUUUAGUUCUAGUGACCAACAACAAGAAGAAUUGGUCAAAGGAGAAGCGGACCGUCAAGGGUUGCUAGAAGAUAUGGUGCCAUUGAUGAUAAGGAACCCAUGCAACAAAAAUGCCCUCUCAACUUCUUCAUGUUACCCAUCUUCACCACUUUCUUCUUCCUCUUCUACCCUUUCUUGGUCCCCUAAUUAUUCUUCUUUUGUUGAUGCUGGCAUUAUUUCAAGUAUGAGAUGACCCAUAUCCGGGCUGUAUAUAUAUUAUAUUUGGCUGUAAACCAAUACCGCCAAGUUGUUAUUACUUAUUAGGAAUGAAAUAAAAUCAAUCAGCACAAAUGGAAUUAUAAGAUGUAAUA